AAGGUGCACGCGCAGAUGCGCGGUGAUAAGCGUGAUCAUCUUCAUCGUCGUCAUCAUACAUGAGUUAGUAUCAUGCUGUCAUCAUGUAAGGCGAUGGCAUUUGGAAGAAGAGCCUUAGCAGGUGUUCUGUUGCCAUGGAGACACUAUAGGCUGUCAUCAGGCGGCAACAGCACACGCACACACACGCUUGCACGUAAAGCUACACGCCCAUACACACAAGCAAAUUCAAUCAAAACACACACACACAUUCACACAGAAAAACAUAUACACACACAUGCGCGUGCACGCACGCACGCCCAUACUUAGAAACAAACUCACGCAUAAUCAAACACACUACACACACGUACAUUAACCCUCAGAAACCCACUGUCAUACACGCACUCGUGCAAAAACCUUCACUCAUUCGCAAAAACACGCGCACACGUUUGCGCGCACACAUUUUCCGAAAAUAAAACCUAACACACUCACAUAAAAACAGACACAAAGUCAUGCUCACAAAAACACACACGCAACCUACACAUUUAUUCCACACAUGUAAAGAAACACCAAAGUUACAAACUCGAAGACACGCACAAAUUCCCAAAGAAAUACACAAGGUAAACGCACACUUUUGUCGUCAUCUGAAACGGUUACCGAACGAGCGUGCUAGCUGCAGUCUAAUUUGGGCCAUUUUCAUUUGGAAUGAAAAAAGACGUCAGGCACAGGUCUCAAAAUCGAACCCUGGGGGCCGGAUGCUGGAUCAUUUUAUAUGGCCCGCGACAAAAAAUACUUUUGACAGCCCUGACUGAUGCAAGACAAAGUAGCACAGAUGACCGGAGCGAGCGCAGCGUUUGCGUUCAGAUGGCGAAAGCGGACCAGCGCUACGGCCAGCGGGACGGCUCGGACCAGAACUUCGACUACAUGUUCAAGCUGCUGAUCAUCGGCAACAGCAGCGUGGGCAAAACCUCCUUCCUGUUCCGAUACGCCGACGACUCCUUCAGCAACUCCUUCGUCAGCACUGUGGGCAUCGACUUCAAAGUCAAGACCGUCUACCGCAACGACAAGCGCAUCAAGCUGCAGAUAUGGGACACGGCAGGCCAGGAGCGCUACCGCACCAUCACAACGGCAUACUACCGCGGGGCCAUGGGCUUCAUCCUCAUGUAUGACAUCACCAACGAGGAGUCCUUCAACGCUGUGCAGGACUGGGCCACUCAGAUCAAGACGUACUCGUGGGACAACGCACAGGUCAUCAUGGUGGGCAACAAGUGCGACCUGGACGAGGAGCGAGUGGUUGCGCCCGAGAAAGGAAAACACCUGGCGGACCAACUUGGGUUCGAGUACUACGAGGCCAGCGCCAAAGAGAAUGUCAACGUGCGGCAGGUUUUCGAGCGCCUGGUGGACAUCAUCUGUGUCAAGAUGUCAGAGCGCGUGGACGUGGAGGCGCCAGCAGCCUCCGGAACCAAGACCGCCAGACUCAGCGACAAACCGGCUGGCCAGCUUCCUCAGAAGUGUUGCUGAUAGGCCGGCCACAUUUACUCUUGAAAAGUUGGAAUUUGGAGGAUUUGGACAAGUUCGACAGGGUCUUGAAUCAAGUCAUUGAUUAUGGAAGUAUUUCUCCCAUGUUUAGAAAAGGUAUUAGAUGUUGAGAAAUUGUGGCCCCUCUAUUUGCCAUUUGGAUGACCCCGACUGGAUUGCUGACGUUUUUUGUGACCAUCCGACAUUUUGGCGACUGAUGACGUCACCGUCGCGAGUACGACGGCCGCUCACCUCCAUGAGCGCCACCUGCUGGGGGCGUUUCGCUUGUGCACACGUCGCGAAUCCGUCCUUUAGGCGUCGUCGUUUCCUCCCCAUUCUGCGUGUGUGUGUUGCAUUUGAUAUUCAUGCUAUUCUGUGUUGAGUGCUUUUGUUUUUGUGUUUGCUGUUUUGGAGCCAAAUGUGGCAUUUACAGAUUGCGUCAAGGCACGACGCGCAUGUUUGGGUGCGUGCUGAAAAUGAAGGGAAGUCACACAAGUGCAGUGCAGUCGUGCGUUUUGUGCAAGGUCGACGACGACCUGCCAAAUGUUUGUAAAGCGAUGGCAGCCCACCGCCGUUUUGUGUGCACCUGAUCCUCCCCCCGCCCCCACCACGUGAGGCCAUUCUUGACCUCAUUGAUGAUUUGCUAGUGACUUUGGAUAUGAUAGCUUUAGAAGUUAGGAAGUGUGACAUUUUUCAUGUUGACAGAUUAGACUUGAUGUGAACUUGCUGUCGUACACUUCACUGUUUGGAAAAGCACAAAGUGAUUGUACCAACUGUUGUCAAUCUUUGUAUUAUCAUAGAUGCAAUUUAGUAUAAUAAUAAUAGUGAUGAUUAAAAAA